AUGUAUGCGACCAACCUGACCGCCGACGGCAUACUUCUGCCUGCCAUGGACAAGUUGUGGCAGGAGACCAGCGAGGAAGUGCGGCGCGACUACGGCCAGGGCUACUACGAGCUGAGUCGCCAGUACCUGCGGCGCGCACUGAUCAAGUCACGAACCGAGAUCCACGAGGUGGUGGACGCCAUGGAGGCCGCUGUACUCGCACAGAGGCCGCGUUUCGCGUACCGGCCGGACGGUCCGCUAAGGGCCUUGCAGUUCGGCAUGCUGGAGAUGGCGCCGCCCAUCGUACAGGACGCCUUUCUCAUACGGGACACGCAGCCGCCUGCGUCCACGCUUCCCGGCAACAGAGGCAUCGCUAGAGGCUGA